AUGGAAAAACUGAACGGGAUUGUAAAGCAGGUCGUGUCAGCAGAUACCUACAUUUUGGCGGGUGCCAAAAAGGGUGGCGUUGCGCAGGAAAGACAAGUGAGCCUGGCGUGCAUCCAAUGCCCCAGGUUGUUCAUGAAAAGCCAAAAUGUGGAAAAGAAUGAAGAGCCAUUCGCAUGGGAGAGUAGAGAAUUCAUUCGUAAAAUGAUCAUCGGGAAAAAUGUAAGCUUCGUCGUGGAAUAUGUCUACAAUAACAGAACAUAUUGCAGCGUAUUUUACGAGGAUCAGAACUUAUCGGUGAUGCUACUCCAGAGGGGUUAUGCCAAUCUGGUGUCCAACAAAAAUGUGAAAACGAAUGUGUAUGCCGACUUGGAGAGUUAUUACAUCGAAGCGAAAGAAAAAAAAUUAGGAAUUUUUGGCAACAAUAUUAAUAGCUGUGUUAGGAAUAUUGUAUACUCCUAUAAUGACAAGAAUCAGAACAAAAAAAUUUACGAUCUGUUUUUAAACAGAAACUUGAAGUGCGUUGUUGAACAUGUGAGGGAUGGAUCUAACUUUCGCGUCUAUGCUGAGUUGGAAGGGAGUGAGAAGAGGGAGGCCAGUACGAACGCAAUUGGGGGUAGUGCAUUGGAAAAUGGUACUGCUGGAGAAAACACAAGUGGAGCAAAGGGGAAGAAGAAAAAAAGCGCAGGUGGGAAAAAAAACCAAAAAAAAAAUGACGGAGGAGAGGGAGAAGACAGUGCUGUUGACGGAGAAGGGAAAGCAGCAAUAGGUUACAAAACCAUGUACUACUUUUCCUUUACCUUAUGCGGCAUCAUAGUUGAUAUGUUUAAGAAGGAAGUAGUGAACAAUGUAGAAAAUGUGAAGGAAGAACAGUAUGCCAUGGAGACAAAGAAAUUUGUUGAGGCGAGAUUACUAAACAGAGAAAUCGAAGUAGUAAUAAAACAUAUGGAUAAUAAUUGCAAUUUGUAUGCUAAUGUGUUUUACAAAAUGGGAAAUAUCUGCACUCUCCUGUUGAAAAAUGGCUAUGCGUACAUCAAUGAGUAUACCAUUAAGUAUGUAGAAAAUGCCAUCGAAUAUAAGAGGGCCUUGGAUGAAGCCAUACAACUGAGGAAGAAGAAGUGGAUUAACUACACAGAGAAAAAAGUGGAUUACGAGAAGGAGUACCUUGCAACGGUUAUUGAGGUCCUCUAUGGAGAUGUGAUUAUUAUAGAUUACCACAAUGAGGAGAGAAGACUCUAUAUGGCUUCCAUUAAGUGUGAAAAACACAGCACUGAUUUGGUUCUAAAUACGCUAUGCUUAUCAGCCAAGGAUUAUUUGAAAAGCCAAAUUACAGGCCAAGUUGUAAAAAUUGUAACAGAAUAUGUAAGAACCCCACAGAGCAAUAGCGAGGGGUACAUCCCACAGUGUUCGGAUGACCAGGGAAGGAUGCACUUUGUCAGCGUUUACAAAAUGGAGAAUAAGAAAAAAAAGGAGAGCGCAAAAAAUGGUGCAACUGUGCCUAGCAGUAAAUGGGGCGGCGAGGGGGAAGAGAAAAAAAAAAAGAAAAAAAAUGCAAAGAAGGGGGAAGCUACUAAAAGCGGUGAAGGAAACACUUUGGGAAUGAAGAAAAAGGGCGCAAAGAUGAACGGCCACGCGGAGGUCAACCUGGUAGAGGAAGACGACGACACGGAGGAAGAUCAGACAUGGAUCAACAUGAACGAACAACUCGUUGCCAAAGGAUUGGCCAAAGUGAUGAACCACAGACAGGAAGACGAAAAGGCCAGCAACUAUUUUAGACUCCAAGAAUUAGAAAAGGAAGCACAAGAAAAGAAGGUAGGAAAAUUUAACCCGCACAUUGAUGUUAUCAAAAUAAAUAAUAUAAGUGGAAGCGAAAAUUCUUUACGAGCCAGGUCAUUCGAAAACGUCCUUAACAAGUAUAACAAUUUAAACGCGUGUGUGGAUUAUAUUUACGGAGCGAACAAAUUCAAGCUGCAUAUCCCCUCGCAGAAUUUGCUAAUUAACUUUAUCCUACUAGGUAUCUCUGUGCAGAAAAUUAACCUAAAAGAAAUUGGCGCUAUCAGCACGUCAGUUAGCCAAAUAAAAGUGAAGAAAAUAAACGGAGGUGAAUAUGACGGGGAAGAUGCGCACAAUAUACUGAACGGAGAUGGAAAAUCCAGCAAGAAGGAAAAACUGGAGCUGAAGGAAAUAGCUAUUCAAGCCUACAAAUAUACCAGAAAGAUGCUAAUGCAGAGAAAUGUGCAAAUAACCAUCCUAUCAUGCGACAAGGGAGGUAAUUUCAUAGGUAUUUUACGCCACCAGAAUAAGGACUUUGGGCUACAUUUGCUAAGUUUAGGGUAUGGAAUGCUUAACGAAAUCGGAUUAAGCAACACCAAUGAGAGGAACAAUUACGUGAAGGCAGUUGAAGAAGCAAAGAAGGAAAAGAGAAACAUUUGGGCAAUUGAAAAAAUAGAUGAAAAUGAAGACGACACGGAUAAUGCUAACCUCAGUGGGAAGAAAAACUUAUCCCAAUUUGACAACAUAUAUUAUUGCUCCUAUGUGGAAGAUAUUAACAAUAUUUACAUUCAGCUGAAAAGCAAACAGGACCAGUUAAAAAAAUUACAAGAGGAGCUAAACAAAACAUCCAACUUGGAAUCCUCCUCUCAGUAUGUUCUCCCCGAAGUUAAGAAGAACACCCUAGUCAUUGCCAAGUAUAUAGAUAAGUGUUACUAUCGGGCUGUCAUCCUGCAGGUAAAUAAAGCCAAGAAAAAAGCCCUCGUUAAAUACAUCGAUUUUGGAAAUGAAGAUGAGUUAAACUUUGAAGACAUCAAAAAAUUGAGUGACGGAUUGAGUUUAAAAAAUUAUCCCCCCUUCAGCAUAAGGGUGUCCUUAGCUGGGGUGAAAAUUCCCGUCGAAAAUAAAGCCGAUUUGAUUAUUUACGUGAAGAAAUUUUUGCUCGAUAAAUUCUUAUACGUCAAAUUUGAAAAGAAGGAAAAGAACGGUUCCUACUACCAUGUCGUUUUUUACGACUAUGAGCAGUUCACCACGAAUAAGAAUGUCAAAAGUGUAAAUGAGGAUAUCGUCUCUAGCGGUAUCUGCUACGUGGACAACCGAAGUGACACCAAAAUAUUUGAGAAGCUCAAAAAGGAGGAGGUCGUGGCGAAGAAGGCCAAGCUGGUCAUUUGGGCCUACGGUGACAUCGACUACGAUGAUGAGAAUUAA